AUGGAGAGAAAAUUUCUUAUUGCAAACGCCCUUUUACCGCGUACGCCCAUUAUAUUUUGUAAUGAUGUUUUCUGCCACCUUUGUGGUUAUACGCGGGCUGAAAUUAUUCAGAAAUCUGCAUGCCUCGAAUUUUUAUAUGGCCCCUUGACAUCCCCAAAUGCCAUUAAGGAUAUUCGUCUUGCCCUAUCGGACUUCGAAGAGAGGGAAAUCACAAUGCUUCUUUACCCCAAAGAUGGCACUACUAUUUAG